CCAUACAUUCGACGUUUGAAUUCCUUGUCAAACACAUUUAAUUAUUAAAUGGGUGAUAGAGUCAAUACAAUCGGGUACUACCGGUGGCUUAUAUACCUCUUCAGCUUCAGUAACAACGAGAGAAACAUUUAGCAAUAUUUUUUCAAUUUUAGACAAUUAAUUAAUCAGAAAGUAUUAAUUUUAAUAGAUUUUUUAAAUUUCCCAGUUUUCGUUUUUUUUUACUUAAUUUUUUGCAAAAUGUUGCAUUUCAAGACUGUCCCUGAGGACUACGUGAAGAAGGCCGCACAAUGCGCGCAGGUGGUCAUCGGCUGCAGCAGGGCGGCCCACCAGACCGCCCUCCGAGGAGUCAGCAAGCCCACCCCUGCACUUGCUGCCCUCACCCCGAAGGUCCGUGCGUUCGUCGAGCGCAGCGCGGCUCUCUGCCAACCAGAGCAUGUGCACGUAUGUGACGGAUCGGAGGGCGAAGCCACUGCCCUGCUCAGCCUCAUGCAGGAACAGGGCACGCUGAAACCUCUGCCGAAGUACGACAACUGCUGGCUAGCCCGCACGGACCCAGCUGACGUGGCUCGCGUGGAAUCCCGCACCUUCAUCUGUUCGGAUCGGGAGAGGGACGUGGUGCCUGCCGCGAGGCUGGGCCAGAAGUCUGCUUUGGGGAACUACAUCGCACCGGCUGAUUACGAGAAGGCUGUUGCUGAGAGGUUCCCUGGAUGUAUGAGAGGUCGCACAAUGUACGUGAUCCCCUUCUCGAUGGGUCCCGUGGGCUCCCCGCUGUCCAAGAUCGGCGUGGAGAUCACCGACUCUCCCUACGUCGUCUACUCUAUGCGAGUCAUGACGAGAAUCGGCAGCAAAGUCCUCGAAACGCUGCGGCAAGACGAGUCUUUCGUACGUUGUUUGCACGCAGUAGGAGCCGGCGGCGUGCCCGGCUGGCCUUGCGACCCACAACGCACUGUCAUCCUGCACCGGCCUGCUGAUAAUGAGAUCAUCAGCUACGGAAGCGGCUACGGCGGCAACAGUCUCUUGGGCAAGAAGUGCUUCGCUCUCCGUCUUGGCUCCGUCCUGGCCCGCCGCGAGGGAUGGCUCGCUGAGCAUAUGCUGAUCCUAGGCAUCACGGCUCCCAACGGUCGUAAGCGUUACAUAGCGGCCGCAUUCCCUUCAGCCUGUGGGAAGACCAACCUGGCCAUGAUGACGCCAUCCCUACCAGGGUACAAAGUGGAAUGUGUUGGAGACGACAUCGCCUGGAUGAAGUUCGACAAAAACGGAGUGCUCAGGGCUAUCAACCCGGAGAACGGAUUCUUUGGAGUCGCACCAGGAACAUCGGCAGCUACAAACCCGAUCGCAAUGGCAACAGUGUUCAGCAACACCGUAUUCACGAACGUCGCCGAGACCCAAGAUGGCGGUGUGUGGUGGGAAGGCAUGGACUCCGCUCCCGGGAAACUGACCGACUGGAAGGGACAGCCGUGGGAUGCUAGCAAGAAGACUCCUGCUGCUCAUCCUAACUCGAGAUUCUGCACCCCAGCACAGCAAUGCCCCAUAAUCGAUGACAACUGGGAGAGCGCCGAAGGAGUGCCGAUUUCAGCUAUCUUGUUAGGAGGGCGCAGGCCUGAGGGCGUGCCGCUGGUUGUGGAGGCAAGGGAUUGGAAGCAUGGCGUCUUCAUGGGCGCGGCUAUGAGGUCGGAGGCUACUGCUGCCGCGGAACACAGUGGAAAAGUAGUGAUGCACGAUCCGUUCGCCAUGCGGCCAUUCUUCGGCUACAACUUCGGCGAGUACCUCAAGCACUGGCUCUCCAUGCCGCAAGCUGGCCGCAAGAUGCCCAAGAUCUUCCACGUCAACUGGUUCCGUAAGAAUGAUCAGGGCAAAUUCCUCUGGCCCGGUUUUGGCGAGAACGCCCGUGUCUUGGACUGGGUGCUCCGUCGCUGCGACGAAGAGCCAUGCCACCAAGAAACUCCUCUCGGAUACGUGCCCAAGCAGGGCGAACUCAACACUCAGGGGUUAGGGGACAUCGACAUGAAGACGCUGUUCAGUAUACCCCAGGACUUCUGGCUUAAGGAGGCGGAUGCUAUCGAAAAGUACUUCAAAGAAGAAGUUGGCGAAGACCUGCCAAAAGAAAUGUGGAGCGAACUCGAAACCCUCAGGAAGAACGUGAAACACUCAUAAAAAACUAGACCAAAGAUCGUAACAAUAAGAAUCUAUCGUAAUAUAACAUUCCCUCGACUAAUAAAAUCAUAGUUAUAAUUAGUUUUAAUGCUAAUCGUAUGCUAUGCGUUGAGCUUGAGAUUAAUACAUUACAUAAUAGAUUACAACGAAAGAUCAAAAACUCAAAACUAAGAUCGAUAAUAUCAUAGAUGUUGAAGAAGAAUACGUUGGCUGUGUUAAUUAAUUUAUAAGAUAAGCAAAU